UCCAUCACACCCUUCUCAAUUCUCCCCCAUAAAACCCUGUCUUCCCUCUCCCCCCCUUUCCCAUCUCUCUCUACUCUCUCCCACUAUCCAUGGCGACACACCUGUUCUGCUCCAUUUGCGUCUUAGUCCUCGCCAUAUUCUCACUUGCAGAUGGAGGUUCAAUUGGAAUAAACUAUGGUCGGAUUGGUGGCGAUCUGCCCUCUGCUUCCAAAGUUGUGAAGCUUCUGAAAUCUCAAGGAAUCGGUAGGGUUAAGGUGUACGAUACUGAUCCGUCUGUGCUCAGAUCAUUGUCCGGGAGUGGCAUUAAAGUGACGGUGAACCUCCCCAACGAGCUCCUAUACGCCGCCGCCAGAAAACAGUCGUUUGCUAACAAAUGGGUCCAACGGAACAUCAAGGCUUACUAUCCGCGUACUCAAAUCGAAGCCAUUGCAGUCGGUAAUGAAGUCUUCGUUGAUCCAAAAAACACCACCGGAUUCCUCAUUACCGCCAUUAAAAAUAUCCAUCAAGCACUCGUUAAAUACAAACUCGAUUCUGAUAUCAAACUCUCAUCGCCGGUUGCUUUAAGCGCUCUGCAAAACUCCUACCCUUCAUCGGCGGGAUCUUUCAGGCCAGAAUUAAUUGAAUCGGUUUUCAAACCAAUGUUCGAAUUCCUCCGGGAGACAGGAUCUUACUUGAUGGUGAAUGCGUACCCGUUUUUCGCUUACGAGGCAAACUCUGACGUGAUCUCUCUCGACUACUCACUCUUCCGUGAAAACCCUGGUGUUCCCGACGCUGGCAACGGUUUACGUUACUUCAAUCUCUUCGACGCGCAGAUCGACGCUGUUUUUGCAGCAAUGUCGGCGUUGAAAUAUGACGACAUUCCGUUGGUCGUUUCGGAGACGGGAUGGCCGUCGAAAGGUGACGAGAACGAAAUCGGAGCAAGCGUAGUAAACGCCGCCGCUUACAAUGGCAACCUAGUAAAAAGAAUCCUCACCGGCGGAGGCACACCUCUCCGACCGAAAGCAAACCUCACCGUUUUCCUCUUCGCUCUCUUUAACGAAAACAAGAAAACCGGGCCAGCAUCGGAGCGAAACUACGGGUUGUUUUAUCCGAAUAUGGAGAAGGUAUACGAGAUUCCGUUCACGGUAGACGAUCUGAAGAAUUACAGGGAAGACGACAGUUCGCCGGUGUCCGGUGGUGGUGGUGAUGCUGCUCAAGCGAGGUUUUCAACUCCAGUCGCCGGUGAUGGAAACGGGUCGGGUUUUUCUUGGUGCGUAGCUAGGGAUGUGGGAAAGGAUAAGCUGCAGUCGGGUUUGGAUUUUGCUUGUGGGGAAGGAGGUGCUGAUUGCCGUUCGAUACAACCCGGGUCCACGUGUUACGAUCCUAAUACUCUACAAGCACACGCAUCGUUUGCUUUCAAUAGUUAUUACCAGAAAAUGAGACGCGCGUCCGGCGCGUGUUAUUUCGGUGGAGCAGCCUACGUAGUCACUCAGCCACCUAAAUUUGGAAAGUGUGAGUUCCCCACUGGAUACUGAAGAAGAUUUGCAAUGCAAGAAAAAUGAUGGGGUUUGAAUAUUGAAGGAUGAUGGCAAAAUAACCCAUUUAUUAUUAUUAUUAUUAUAGUUAUUCGUUGUAGGUUUUAUUGUAAUUGGAUUAGUUAUGGGGUUGGGGUUAGUAGAUUUUUUUGUAAUUAUUAUUCAAAUUUAUAUUUAAUACAUAUGUGUUGCUUUUUUCCGUUUUGUCAAAACAUGGUCA